AUGUCUUCACCUCUCCCUCCACCGCCGCCGCCAGAAUGGGUGGUUGCGAUGAACUCGACAUUGCCGCGUCCCACCAAAGCCGCCUCUAGUAUUCCGGAUCCACCAGGUUUCUCCAGCGGUCGGGGAGGCAAACAGCGCCAGCAACAGCAACCGAUCGCGAAGAAAGCUGAGGACACCGACGCCCUGAAGAUGAAGAAAGCUUGGGAGAUUGCCAUCGCUCCAUCCAAACAACUUCCCAUGAACGCUAUCAUGAUGUACAUGUCCGGCAACAGUCUCCAGAUUUUCAGUAUCAUGAUGGUCUUCAUGCUGUUCAAGGGCCCUAUCCAAGGCUUGAUCAGCACCAAUGAGGCUUUCGCCAGAUACGAGACACCUUCAACGCGCGGGCGCCUGGUGGCUGUGAAGCUCGUUUAUAUUUUGAUGCAAUUAUUAUUGCUAGCAUUGGGUAUCUGGAAAGUCAACGCGAUGGGACUUCUGCCAACCACGAGAUCAGACUGGCUUGCCUGGGAAUCAGAGAGACAGCCCUUGGAGCGAGCAUUCUUUGCACUGAAAGGAUGA